GUCAGAGUUGGUGAAGGUGAUGUUGUCUAUAGGCAACUCUCUAGCUAACAGCGUCUGGGAGGUUCACAUACGCGGCAAGGGAAAACCCAAUCCUUCAUCCAGCAGGGAAGAGAAGGAGAAGUGGAUCCGUAGCAAGUACGAGCAUCACGAGUAUCUACCCGGGCCCCCGCUUAGCAACGUCCCUCUCGGACAGCAACUGCUAGAGGCCGUGUGUAAGGGCGACCUGAGGGGCGUCAUACUGCUGCUCGCGCACGCCAAGCCCGAACAAGUGAACAGCACUGUGAGCGGGCGCGACCGCCGCACGCCGCUGCACCUGUCCUGCGCUCUCGGCAACGUCGUCAUCACGCAGCUGCUCAUCUGGUACGGUGCCAACGUGGCGGCGGUCGACCAGGAGGGGCGUAACCCUCUCAUCUACGCUCGUAACUCCGGAAGCUCUGAGUGUGUGACGAUCCUCGUCAACAACGGGUGCCCGGACGCGGCGGUGGCCGGCGGAGGAACGCUGCCGCGCCGCAAGGGCUCCGUCACUCGCAACAGCGGCGACGUCUUCGACAAGCUGCCCGCUAGCGUCAUCUAGCGGCGGCCGCGCAAACUACGUCGGCGUGGGCGCCGCCGCGCAGAUUACGGAUUCGUCGUCUCUCGGAAGAGCGUGGUGGUAGCGCCGUCUGGCGGUCGCCGAGCGAGUUACGGAGGUGUCGUCCGAGAGAAGCGUGGCGUCAUCUGGUGGCGAUCGUGCGAACUACGGCAGCGUGCUGCCUCGCUGGCGACAUCUAGUGGCGGUCGUGUGCGAGCCGUUGAGGUGCUUGAUGACACUUCUGCUAGCGCCACCCAGCGGCGGUUCCGAAAACAGCUGGGAUGCCGAGUUACGCCAUCUAGCGGUGGUUCUGCGAACUGCUGAGUCAUCAUAUGAGCUGCUUGCUUGCGCCAUCUAGUGGCAACUGCAUGAACUGCUGAGGCUGUCGCCAUCUGGUGGCCGCCGCAGGAAACCGCCAAUUCGUCGCUGCUUCUUCAACCGCAAUCACGGCGACAAGAUGCGACGCUGGCGCCACCUGGCGGUCAUCGAGCGAAUGAACGGCGACCCCCCGUUGCUGCCGUUGCCUCGGCGAUGAAGUCAAUUAAUAUAUGUAUUUAUAUCGUGCCCUCGUUUCCGCGCUCGCCCGGUUACCAUGGCGACCGCGAUGAAAGGAUUCGAAGGCGAUGACUGAAGGUUAGACGAGCUGUUAGUGUCGGAAAAUAUGACGUGGCGCCCCCUUUCCCCUGUGUCGCCGAGAGUAACGACGGCGCCCCCUCGACCGCGUGGCUCCCUCUACUCACCCCUGCCUUCGGACAUCUUUGGACACAUCUUCUCGAUUUGAACUCGCUCUCUCUUUAUCUACCUGGUGCUUAACUCUCUCAAAGUUCACCGACCGCACGAAAAACCGGACCGAAAAAGGCAUUAUUGUGCGUGCUAAAAACGUACUUGCUAUCGCUGGGUGCUCGUCCGUAUUCCGUUUCGGUAUUUCAAAUUGACUGGUGGCAAAUUAUCAGCUGACAGUCGGAAUUUUAGGCGGCAAAUUUCGUGGUAUUUCUUUCAAAAACUUGUCGAAUCUAAAGAGUCACAUGCGGUAUUAGUUCUCAAGCUAAAGCUGUGUCGAAUUGCGGUCGAUCGAUAUCGUCGCAUCUGUACACUAGACACACACGUAAAGCUCUAUGAAGACCAGACGGGAGGACGGUAGCUAUUGUAGGUCCACCCAAGCAUUGCCUAGUACAAAAAAUUAGAAAGGUUUCAAUUCUCGACCUUACAAUCGGCAAUCGCGUGUACGAGAGCAGUCACAUGUGAAGUCGCGAUUGCGUUCUACUUUGCUUCCACGUCGGGUUUUAGUGACAGCGGCGCGGCGAUGCGGGCGGGGGCGGCGAAGGAGCGAUAGUUCGUGUUUUAGAGGCACGCUUGUACAUACGUAGUAGGCUGAUUGUGUUUGCGAGACGCCCUGUAGAUGGCGCCACGGUCUCUGGAUCAUGCUGCUAGGCACGAGCGAUUAUAAAUUAUUAAUUAUUAUUGUAGAUUAUCGCGCUUUUAGCUUCCUUAUAAAUAAUGUAAUUGUAAAAAAGUGGCAUUUAGUUAUCGUGUGAAUCGCUCGUGUGCGCGUGCGCGCGUGCGCGUCGAAAAUCUGAAGCACGGAGUUCGUAGUUACAUGUGAAUGUGCGUGUGUGUGUACGUGUGCGUUUGUGUCUCUUGUACAGGUCAGUGCCAUGUAUGUGAGAUAUAUAAUAAUAAAAAUGCUGUCACGACAGUGAUUUGUAAAUAUAA